AUGUCCACCAAGAUCAAGAACGACCCAGAGAACAUGUCUUUGUCCCAGUCAUCUUUGCACACUAUGGACCACUUGUCUCAGCCGAGACAAAACCAAAUGAUCCCAGGGAUCCCCAACAUGGCCUCCAGAGGAAUCCAGGAUGAUGAACUUUCGAGCCAGGACAAUUUCUCCUUGUGUUCAAGCACACACCCCAACCACGGGACCCCCAAUGACUUGAAGGGGUGGUCUCUGAGCGACGUGGAUGCACUUGACAGUGGUGCGAUGUCCAAACCAGAGUCCCCGGAAGUCCAGAUGCUCUCUUUCUCUUUCUCUCAGCAACUGCUGCCAUCGACCGUUGGCCCUAGUGAUGUAAUGUAUCAUCACGCCGGAUCCGAUUUCUCAGGCAUCCAGGAUGUGACUGAGCAAAAUGACCUGGAUUUCUCCCAUGCACAUGACUUCAACCACUACUCCUCAUUGGUUGACCUCUCUGCCUUUGAUAAUGAAGUUUAUGGCCAGAAUGGUACCCAGUCCUCUUGCACUCCUGAUGAUACUCUCUCCAGCCACAGCUCUCAUGCGGAUGACGGCCACCUGGCCGGCAAUGAGGCGUGGAACUCGAUGAACUACCACGGAUCAUCCAUGGAUCAGUAUACCACCGGCAUGUUCCAAUCAGUGCCUGUUUCUCCCCCCUUGUCUGACGCCAGUAAUGAUGUUUCUGUUACUUCUUGCUCUGCCUCUGGAUACCCCACCUUCAUGAGCCAUGAAGAUGCUAUGCUCAAAGAUGUUACAACCACUCCCGUUGGAAGCCAUGGAAUCAACCUAGGAGACCCAUUGUUCCCCCUCACUCCCCCCUUGAGUGAGCAGGACCCCAACAGAACCAUUCGGGCAACCAAGAAUGCACGUAGGCCAGCCCUGCAGACUUCCAUGUCCCAGACCCAGGUCAAGCAGGAUCCUGAAUUUUUCCCACCCCUGCCCGUCAAGGAAACGCUCCGCCAGAAAGCCAAGGAGGGCUCUGAUCUCCGGAACCCCCGGGAUCACCCUUACUACUCCCUGCCCACCCACAGUGAUGGAAAGUACUACUGCCCCUUUGCCAACGGAGAGAAGCCUUGCAACCACCCCCCGACUACUCAGAAGUGUGCCUAUCACAAAUACUUGGACUCCCACUUGAAGCCCUACCGCUGCAAGGUGGCCGCCUGCAUGGAUGCCCAGCUGCAGUUCUCUUCGAACGCAUGCCUUUUCCGCCACGAGCGCGAAGCCCAUGGAUUCCACGGUCACGGAGAUAACCCCCACCUGUGCCUGUUUGAGGGUUGUGACAGGUCGGUGCCCGGCUACGGAUUCCCCCGCAGGUGGAAUCUGUUCGACCACAUGAGACGUGUGCACGACUUUGCCUCUUCGGACAGGCACAGCUCCCCGGAUGCUUCCCCUACCACUGGACCGGCCAAGAAGAAGGAGACGGGCGGACGCAAGCGUAGAGUUGCUGGGGUCACUGGCGCCCCCACCAUGAAGCGCACUCGUUCCACCCAGUCCCAGACCAACCCUCUCAAGGCUGCCCAGCAGACUUCUGCUCACCACAACCAGAGACUCCAGAAUGCGGAGAGAAACUACUACAACUGCCGGUCCCGGCUGCUUGAGGAGCUCACCAACAUCACGCCCCAGGAUUCUUCCAUGCAUGAGAAGGUCAAUGCCAGCCUUCAGGAGCUCAUUACCCUUGGACUCAACUACCGCCACAUUGAAGCCAGCCAGGCUGCGGCUCAGAUCGCUCACGGUCUCCCUGCUUGA